AUGAACCAUUAUCUCCCUAACGUUAAAGAAUGGCUCAUUGCUAAUAAGCUCACUCUUAACAAAUCGAAAUCACAGUUUAUGUUAAUUGGUUCUAGACAGAGAUUAAGAACUUUUGAGAAAUCGGCUCCAUCAUUAGUUAUUGAUGGUGCGUCAUUAAAACGGGUUUCAAAUUGUAAAUCUCUGCGUGUUACCAUUGACGAGAACCUUACCUGGAGCGAACAUAUCGAUCGACUGUGUAAAAAGAUUGCCAGCGGCAUUGGAGCAAUAGUAAAACGAACCAGAACACUUUUCCCCCACAGGACGCUGCAAUUGAUAUUCAACUCACUUCUGCAGCCACAUUUUGACUAUUGCAGCACCGUGUGGUGAGGACAAGGCUCCUGCCGGUGAGGAGAAGGUUCCAGGCAGUGAGAACAAGGUUCCUGGCAGUGAGGACAAGGUUCCUGGCGGUGAGGACAAGUUCCUGGUGGUAGGAACAAGGCUCCUGGCGGUGAGGACAAGGUUCCUGGCUGUGAGGCCAAGGUUCCUGAUGCUGAGGAGAAGGUUCCUGACGUUGAGGACAAGGUUUGUGGCGGUCAGGGCAAGGCUUGUGGCAGUGAGGACAAUGUUCCUGACGGUGAGGACAAGGUUGCUGGCGGUGAGGACAAGGUUUCUGGCGGUGAGGACAAGGUUCCUGGCGGUGAGGACAAAGUUCCUGGCGGUGCGGACAAGGUUCCUGGCGGUGACGACAAAGUUCCUGGCUGUGCGGACAAGGUUCCUGGCGGUGAGGACAAGCUUCCUGACGGUGAGGAGAAGGUUCCUAACGGUGAGGACAAGCUUCCUGGCGGUGCGGACAAGUUCCUGGUGGUGAGGUCAAGGUUGCUGGCGGCGAGGACAAGGUUCCUGGCAGUAAGGACAAGGUUCCUGAUGCUGAGGACAAGGUUCCUGACGAUGAGGACAGGGUUUGUGGCGGUGAGGACAAGGCUUGUUGUAGUGAGGACAAGGUUCCAGACAGUGAGGACAAGGUUCCUGGCUCUAAGGACAAGUUUCCUGGCGGUGAUGACAAGGUUCCUGCCGGUGAGAACAAGGUUCGUGAUGCUGAGGACAAUGUUCCUGACACUGACGACCAGGAUCCUGCCGGUGAGGACAAGGUUCCUGGCAGUGAGGACAAGGUUCCUGGCGGUGAGGACAAGGUUUCUGGCGGGGAGGACAAGGUUCCUGGCGGUGAGGACAAAGUUUCUGGCGGUGCGGACAAGGUUCCUGGCGGUGAGGACAAAGUUCCUGGCGGUGCGGACAAGGUUCCUGGCGGUGAGGACAAGGUUCCUGACGGUGAGGAGAACGUUGCUGACGGUGAGGACAAGCUUCCUGGCGGUGGGGACAAGUUCCUGGUGGUGAGGACAAGGUUGCUGGCGGCGAGGACAAGGUUCCUGGCAGUGAGGACAAGGUUCCUGAUGCUGAGGACAAGGUUCCUGACGAUGAGGACAGGGUUUGUGGCGCUGAGGACAAGGCUUGUGGUAGUGAGGACAAGGUUUCAGACGGUGAGGACAAGGUUCCUGGCUCUGAGGACAAGGUUCCUGGCGGUGAUGACAAGGUUCCUGCCGGUGAGGACAAGGUUCCUGGAAAUGAGGACAAGGUUCCUGGCGGUGAGGACAAGGUUCCUGGGGGUGAGGACAAGGUUUCUGGCGGUGAGGACAAGGUUCCUGACGGUAAGGACAAAGUUCCUGGCGGUGAGGACAAGGUUCCUGGCGAUGAGGACAAGGUUCCUGGUGGUGAGGACAAGGUUCCUGGAGGUGAGGACAAAGUUCCUGGCGGUGAGGACAAGGUUCCUGGCAGUGAGGACAAGGUUCCUGGCAGUGAGGACAAGGUUCGUGACGGUGAGGACAAGGUUCCUGGCUGUGGGGACAAGUUUCUGGUGGUAAGGACAAUGUUCCUGGCGGUGAGGACAAGGUUCCUGAUGCUGAGGACAAGGUUCCUGACGAUGAGGACAGGGUUUGUGGCUCUGAGGACAAGGCUUGUGGUAGUGAGGACAAGGUUCCAGACGGUGAGGACAAGGUUCCUGGCUCUGAGGACAAGGUUCCUGGCGGUGAUGACAAGGUUCCUGCCGGUGAGGACAAGGUUCGUGAUGCUGAGGACAAUGUUCCUGACACUGACGACAAGGAUCCUGCCAGUGAGGACAACGUUCCUGGCAGUGAGGACAAGGUUCCUGGCGGUGAGGACAAGGUUCCUGGCAAUGAGGACAAGGUUCCUGGCGGUGAGGACAAGGUUCCUGGGGGUGAGGACAAGGUUUCUGGCGGUGAGGACAAGGUUCCUGACGGUGAGGACAAAGUUCCUGGCGGUGAGGACAAGGUUCCUGGCGGUGAGGACAAGCUUCCUGACGGUGGGGACAAGUUCCUGGUGGUGAGGACAAUGUUCCUGGCGGUGAGGACAAGGUUCCUGGCAGUGAGUACAAGGCUCCUGAUGCUGAGGAAAUUGCUCCUGACGACGAGGAGUGGGUUUGUGGCGGUGAGAACAAGGCUUGUGGUAGUGAGGACAAGGUUCCUGGUGGUGAGGACAAGGUUCCUGCCGGUGAAGACAAGGUUCCUGAUGCUGAGGACAAUGUUCGUGACACUGAGGACAAGGAUCCUGCCGGUGAGGGCACGAUUCCUGGCAGAGAGGACAAGGUUCUGGCAGUGAGGACAAGGUUCCUGACGGUGAGGACAAGGUUCCUGGCUGUGAGGACAAGGUCCUGCCGGUGAGGACAAGGUUCCUGCGGUGAGGACAAGGUUCCUGCCGGUGAGAACAAGGUUCCUGAUGCUGAGGACAAUGUUCGUGACACUGAGGACAAGGAUCCUGCCGGGUGAAUACUAGGUUCCUGGCAGUGAGGACAAGGUUCCUGGCGGCGAGGACAAGGUUCCUGGCAAUGAGGACAAGGUUCCUGGCGGUGAGGACAAGGUUCCUGGCAGUGAGGACAAGGUUCCUGGCAGUGAGGACAAGGUUCCUGGCGGUGAGGACAAGCUUCCUGGCGGUGGGGACAAGUUCCUGGUGGUGAGGACAAGGUUCCUGGAGGUGAGGACAAGGUUCCUGGCAGUGAGGACAAGGUUCCUGAUGCUGAAGACAAGGUCCCUGACGAUGAGGACAGGGUUUAUGGCGGUGAAGACAAGGCAUGUGGUAGUGAGGACAAAGUUCCUGACGGUGAGGACAAGGUUCCUGGAAAUGAAGACAAGGUCCUGGCAAUGAGGACAAGGUUCCUGCCGGUGAGGACAAGGUUCCUGCCGGUGAGGACAAGGUUCCUGCCGGUGAGUAGAAGGUUCCUGCCCGUGAGGACAAGGUUCCUGCCGAUGAGGACAAGGUUCCUGCUGGUGAGGACAAGGUUCCUGCCCGUGAGAACAAGGUUCCUGACGGGGAGGACAAGGUUCCUGGCGGUGAGAACAAGGUUAAUGGCGUUGAGGACAAAGUUCCUGGCGGUGUGGACAAGGUUCCUUGCGGUGAGGACAAGGUUUCUGACGGUGAGAACAAGGCUCCUGCCGGUGAGGACAAGGUGUCUGGCGUUGAGGACAAGGUUCCUGGCAGUGAGGACAAGGUUCCUGGCAGUGAGGACAAGGUUCCUGACGGUGAGGACAAGCUUCCUGACGGUGGGGACAAGUUCCUGGUGGUGAGGACAAUGUUCCUGGCGGUGAGGAAAAGGUUCCUGGCAGUGAGUACAAGGCUCCUGAUGCUGAGGAAAAUGUUCCUGACGACGAGGACUGGGUUUGUGGCGGUGAGGACAAGGCUUGUGGUAGUAAGGACAAGGUUCCUGGCGGUGAGGACAAGGUUCCUGGUGGUGAGGACAAGGUUCCUGCCGGUGAAGACAAGGUUCCUGAUGCUGAGAACAAUGGUCGUGACACUGAGGACAAGGAUCCUGCCGGUGAGGGCACGAUUCCUGACAAAGAGGACAAGGUUCCUGGCGGUGAGGACAAGGUUCCUGGCAGUGAGGACAAGGUUCCUGGCGGUGAGGACAAGGUUCCUGGCAGUGAGGACAAGGUUCCUGCCGGUGAGGACAAGGUUCCUGAUGCUGAGGACAAUGUUCGUGACACUGAGGACAAGGAUCCUGCCGGUGAGGGCAACGUUCCUGGCAGUGAGGACAAGGUUCCUGGAGGUGAGGACAAGGUUCCUGGCAGUGAGGACAAGGUUCCUGCCGGUGAGGACAAGGUUCCUGAUGCUGAGGACAAUGUUCGUGACACUGAGAACAAGAAUCCUGCCGGUGAGGGCAAGGUUCCUGGCAGUGAGGACAAGGAUCCUGGCGGUGAGGACAAGGUUCCUGGCAGUGAGGACAAGGUUCCUGGCGGUGAGGACAAGGUUUCUGGCGGUGAGGACAAGGUUUCUGGCACUCAGGACAAGGUACCUGGCAGUGAGGACAAGGUUCCUGACGGUGAGGACAAGCUUCCUGGCGGUGGGGACAAGUUCCUGGUGGUGAGGACAAUGUUCCUGGCGGUGAAGACAAGGUUCCUGGCAGUGAGGACAAGGCUCGUGAUGCUGAGGAAAAGGUUCCUGACGACGAGGACUGGGUUUGUGGCGGUGAGGACAUGGCUUGUGGUAGUGAGGACAAGGUUCCUGACGGUGAGGACAAGGUUCCUGGCUGUGAGGACAAGGUCCUGCCGGUGAGGACAAGGUUCCUGCGGUGAGGACAAGGUUCCUGCCGGUGAGAACAAGGUUCCUGAUGCUGAGGACAAUGUUCGUGACACUGAGGACAAGGAUCCUGCCGGGUGAAUACUAGGUUCCUGGCAGUGAGGACAAGGUUCCUGGCGGCGAGGACAAGGUUCCUGGCAAUGAGGACAAGGUUCCUGGCGGUGAGGACAAGGUUCCUGGCAGUGAGGACAAGGUUCCUGGCAGUGAGGACAAGGUUCCUGGCGGAGAGGACAAGCUUUCUGGCGGUGGGGACAAGUUCCUGGUGGUGAGGACAAGGUUCCUGGAGGUGAGGACAAGGUUCCUGGCAGUGAGGACAAGGUUCCUGAUGCUGAAGACAAGGUCCCUGACGAUGAGGACAGGGUUUAUGGCGGUGAAGACAAGGCAUGUGGUAGUGAGGACAAAGUUCCUGACGGUGAGGACAAGGUUCCUGGAAAUGAAGACAAGGUCCUGGCAAUGAGGACAAGGUUCCUGCCGGUGAGGACAAGGUUCCUGCCGGUGAGGACAAGGUUCCUGCCGGUGAGUAGAAGGUUCCUGCCCGUGAGGACAAGGUUCCUGCCGGUGAGGACAAGGUUCCUGCUGGUGAGGACAAGGUUCCUGCCCGUGAGGACACGGUUCCUGGCUUUGAGGACAAGGUUCCUGGCGGUGAGGACAAGGUUCCUGACCGUGAGGACAUGGUUCCUGGCGGUGAGGAGAAGGUUUCUGGCGGUGAGGACAAGGUACCUGGCGGUGAGGACAAGGUUCCUGGCUGUGAGGACAAGGUUCCUGGCUGUGAGGACAAGGUUCCUGGCAGUGAGGACAAGGUUCCUGCCGUUGAGCCCAAGGUUUCUGGCGGUGAGGACAUGGUUUCUGCCGGUGAAUACAAGGUUCUUGGCGCUGAGGACAAGGUUCGUGGCAGUGAGGACAAGGUUCCUGACGUGUAAGACAAGGUUUCUGGCGGUGAGGGCAAGGUUCGUGGCGGUGAGGACAAGGUUCCUCCCGGUGAGGACAAGGUUCCUGACCGUAAGGACAAGCUUCCUGGCGGGGGGGACAAGUUCCUGGUGGUGAGGACAAGGUUCCUGGCCGUGAAGACAAGGUUCCUGGCAGUGAGGACAAGGUUCCUGAUGAUGAGGACAAAAUUCCUGAUGAUGAGGACAAGGUUUAAGGCGGUGAGGACAAGGCUUGUGGUAGUGAGGACAAGGUUCCUCACGGUGAGGACAAGGUUCCUGGCUGUGAGGACAAGGUUCCUGCCGGUGAGGACAAGGUUCCUGAUGGUGAGGACAAUGUUCCUGACACUGGGGACAAGGAUCCUGCCGGUGAGGACAAGGUUCCUGGCAGUGAGGACAAGGUUCCUGGCGGUGAGGACAAGGUUCCUGGCAAUGAGGGCAAGGUUCCUGGCGGUGAGGACAAGGUUCCUGGCAAUGAGGAAAAGCUUCCUGGCAAGGAGGACAAGGUUCCUGGCGGUGAGGACAAGGCUUCUGGCGGCGAGGACAAAGUUCCUGGCGGUGAGGACAAGGUUCCUGAUUUUGAGGACAAGGUUCCUGACGAUGAGGACAAGGUUUGUGGCGGUGCGGACAAGGCUUGUGGCAGUGAGGACAAGGUUCCUGACGGUGAGGACAAGGCGCCUGGCGAUGAGGACAAGGUUCCAGGCGGAGAGGACAAGGUUCUUGACGGUGAGGACAAAGUUCCUGGCGGUGAGGACAAGGUUCCUGGUGGUGAGCACAAGGUUCCUGGCGGUGAAGACAAGGUUCCUGGCAAUGAGGAUAAGGUUCCUGGCAAUGAGGGGCAGGUUCCUGGCAAUGAGGACAAGGUUCCUGCCGGUGAGGACAAGGUUCCUUGCCGGUGAGGACAAGGUUCCUGCUGGUGAGGACAAGGUUCCUGCCGGUGAGGACAAGGUUCCUGACGGUGAGGACAAAGUUCCUGCCGGUGAGAACAAGGUUCCGGGGGGUGAGGACAAGAUUCCUGACGGUGAGGACAAGGUUCCUGGCGGUGAGGACAAGGUUCCUGGCGGUUAGGACAAGGUUCCUGGCGGUGACGACAAGGUUCCUGACGGUGAGGACAAAGUUCCUGGCUGUGAGGAGAAGGUUCCUGAUGCGGAAGUCAAGGUUUUUGGCGGUGAGAGAAGGUUCCUGGCGGGCAGGACAAGGUUCCUGGCGGUGAGGACAAGGUUCCUGCCGGUGAGGGUAAGGUUGCUGCAGUUGAGGACAAGGUUUGUCGCGGUGAGCACAAGGUUCCCGGCGGUGAGGACAAGGUUCCUGGCGGUGAGGACAAGGUUGCUGGCGGUGAGGACAAGGUUCCUGCCGGUGAGGACAAGGUUUCUGGCGGUGAGGACAAGGUUCCUGACGGGGAGGACAAGGUUCCUGGCGGUGAGAACAAGUUUAAUGGCGUUGAGGCAAAAUUCCUGGCGGUGUGGACAAGUUUCCUGGCGGUGAGGACAAGCUUGCUGGCGGUGAGGACAAGGUUCCUGCCGGUGAGGAGAAGGUUCCAGGCAGUGAGAACAAGGUUCCUGGCAGUGAGAACAAGGUUCCUGGCGGAGAGGACAAGGUUCCUGGUUGUGAGGACAAGGUUCCUGAUGCUGAGGACAAGGUUCCCGACGUCGGGGACAAGGUUUGUGGCGGUCAGAGCAAGGCUUGUGGCAGUGAGGACAAUGUUCCUGACGGUGAGAACAAGGUUGCUGGAGGUGAGGACAAGAUUUCUGGCGGUGAGGACAAGGUUCCAGGCAGUGAGGACCAAGCUCCUGGCGGUGCGGACAAGGUUCCUGCCGGUGAGCACAAGGUUCCUGACGGUGAGGAGAAGGUUCCUGAUGGCGAGAACAAGGUUCCUGCCGGUGAGGACAAGGUUACUGCCGGUGAGGACAAGGUUCCUGCCGGUGAGGACAAGGUUCCUGGCGGUGAGGACAAGGUUCCUGACGGUGAGGACAAAGUUCCUGCCGGUAAGAACAAGGUUCCUGUGGGUGAGGACAAGGUUCCUGACGGUGAGGACAAAGUUCCUGCCGGUGAGAACAAGGUUCCUGGGGGUGAGGACAAGGUGCCUGACGGUGAGGACAAUGUUCCGGGCGGUGAGGAUAAGGUUCCUGGCGGUGUGGACAAGGUUCCUGGCGGUGAGGACAAGGUUCUUGGCGUUGACGACAAGGUUCCUGACGGUAAGGACAAAGUUCCUGGCUGUGAGGACAAGGUUCCUGAUGCGGAAGUCAAGGUUUUUGGCGGUGAGAGAAGGUUUCUGGCGGUGAGGACAAGGUUCCUGGCGGUGAGGACAAGCUUGCUGGCGGUGAGGACAAGGUUCCUGCCGGUGAGGACAAGGUUUCUGGCGGUGAGGACAAGGUUCCUGACGGGGAGGACAAGGUUCCUGGCGGUGAGAACAAGCUUAAUGGCGUUGAGGCAAAAUACCUGGCGGUGUCGACAAGGUUCCUGGCGGUGACGACAAGGUUUCUGGCGGUGAGGACAAGGCUCCUGCCGGUGAGGAGAAGGUUCCAGGCAGUGAGAACAAGAUUCCUGGCAGUGAGGACAAGGUUCCUGUCGGAGGGGACAAGGUUCCCGGCUGUGAGGACAAGGUUCCUCAUGCUGAGGACAAGGUUCCCGACGUCGGGGACAAGGUUUGUUGCGGUCAGGGCAAGGCUUGUGGCAGUGAGGACAAUGUUCCUGACGGUGAGGACAAGGUUGCUGGAGGUGAGGACAAGGUUCCUGACGGUGAGGACAAAGUUCCUGGCGGUGAGGACAAGGUUCCUGGCCGUGAGGACAAGGUUCCUGGGGGUGAGGACAAGGUUCCUGGCGGUGAGGACAAGGUUCCUGGGGGUGAGGACAAGGUUUCUGGCGGUGAGGACAAGGUUCCUGACGGUGAGGACAAAGUUCCUGGCGGUGAGGACAAGGUUCCUGGCGGUGAGGACAAGCUUCCUGACGGUGGGGACAAGUUCCUGGUGGUGAGGACAAUGUUCCUGGCGGUGAGGACAAGGUUCCUGGCAGUGAGUACAAGGCUCCUGAUGCUGAGGAAAUUGCUCCUGACGACGAGGAGUGGGUUUGUGGCGGUGAGAACAAGGCUUGUGGUAGUGAGGACAAGGUUCCUGGUGGUGAGGACAAGGUUCCUGCCGGUGAAGACAAGGUUCCUGAUGCUGAGGACAAUGUUCGUGACACUGAGGACAAGGAUCCUGCCGGUGAGGGCACGAUUCCUGGCAGAGAGGACAAGGUUCCUGGCGGUGAGGACAAGAUUCCUGACGGUGAGGACAAAGUUCCUGACGGUGAGGACAAGGUUCCUGGCUGUGAGGACAAGGUUCCUGGCGGUGAGGACAAGGUUCCUGGCGGUGAGGACAAGGUUCCUGGCGGUGAGGACAAGGUUCCUGCCGGUGAGGACAAGGUUCUUGAUGCUGAGGACAAUGUUCGUGACACUGAGGACAAGGAUCCUGCCAGAGAGGGCAAGGUUCCUGGCAGUGAAAACAAGGUUCCUGGCGGUGAGGACAAGGUUCCUGGAAAUGAGGACAAGGUUCCUGGCGGUGAGGACAAGGUUCCUGGCGGUGAGAACAAGGUUCCUGGCGGUGAGGAGAAGGUUCCUGCCGGUGAGGACAAGGUUCCUGAUGCUGAGGACAAUGUUCGUGACACUGAGGACAAGGAUCCUGCCGGUGAGGGCAAGGUUCCUGGCAGUGAGGACAAGGUUCCUGGCGGUGAGGACAAGGUUCCUGACAAUUAGGACAAGGUUCCUGGCGGUGAGGACAAGGUCCCUGGCGGUGAGGACAAGGUUUCUGGCGGUGAGGACAAGGUUCCUGGCAGUGAGGACAAGGUUCCUGGCAGUGAGGACAAGGUUCCUGGUGGUGAGGACAAUGUUUCUGGCUGUGGGACAAGGUUCCUGGCAGUGAAGACAAGGCUCCUGAUGCUGAGAAAAAGGUUCCUGACGACGAGGACAGGGUUUGUGGCGGUGAGGACAAGGCUUGUGGUAGUCAGGAGAAGGUUCCUGACGGUGAGGACAAGGUUCCUGGCUGUGAGGAGAAGGUUCCUGGCGGUGAGGACAAGGUUCCUGGCGGUGAGCACAAGGUUCGCGCCAGUGAGGACAAGGUUCCUGAUGCUGAGGACAAUGUUCGUGACACUGAGGGCAAGGAUGCUGCCGGUGAGGGCAAGGUUUUUGGCAGUGAGGACAAGGUUUCUGGCGGUGAGAACAAGGUUCCUGACGGGGAGGACAAGGUUCCUGGCGGUGAGAACAAGGUUAAUGGCGUUGAGGACAAAGUUCCUGGCGGUGUGGACAAGGUUCCUUGCGGUGAGGACAAGGUUUCUGGCGGUAAGGACAAGGCUCCUGCCGGUGAGGACAAGGUGUCUGGCGUUGAGGACAAGGUUCCUGGCAGUGAGGACAAGGUUCCUGGCAGUGAGGACAAGGUUCCUGACGGUGAGGACAAGCUUCCUGACGGUGGGGACAAGUUCCUGGUGGUGAGGACAAUGUUCCUGGCGGUGAGGACGAGUUUCCUGGCAGUGAGUACAAGGCUCCUGAUGCUGAGGAAAAUGUUCCUGACGACGAGGAGUGGGUUUGUGGCGGUGAGGACAAGGCUUGUGGUAGUGAGGACAAGGUUCCUGGCGGUGAGGACAAGGUUCCUGGUGGUGAGGACAAGGUUCCUGCCGGUGAAGACAAGGUUCCUGAUGCUGAGGACAAUGUUCGUGACACUGAGGACAAGGAUCCUGCCGGUGAGGGCACGAUUCCUGGCAGAGAGGACAAGGUUCCUGGCGGUGAGGACAAGGUUCUUGACGGUGAGGACAAAGUUCCUGGCGGUGAGGACAAGGUUCCUGGCAAUGAGGAUAAG